CCCCCACUUUCUUCUGCUGUUUUGUUUUGACGCAAAACUGCCGACAGCUGUAGUUGUUUGCUGGCACUUUGGUUUUGUACAUUUUCGCAUACACUUUGCUGCUCAUGGUUGUGUCUAAUUGAAGAAAUAGUGUAGGGUUUGAAGUACUUUUACCAUGACCGCGCACUGGGAAAGAAUCCAAGCUUUAGAUGUAAUUGAAAAGGAUGUCAUAAUUUGCAUCCAAAGUGCAGGCGCAGCACUGCAAGAGCUUAGUAAAGAUAAAUCCAAUGUGAAGCAAGCAGAAACACAAACCAACCAAUUUCUCAAAACUUUAAGUACAGUGGAGUCAAGACUUUAUGAGCAGAUUAAUUAUUUGACUCAGGUCUCUACAGGUCAGCCACAUGAAGGAUCUGGUUAUGCGUCACAGAAAGUACUUCAGAUGGCAUGGCAUCGGCUUGAGCAUGUAAGGAGUCGUGUCAAUGAAUUAGAUAAUUUAAAAAAUACUCAGAUUGCUGAAAGUGCUGUACGAGCUCCCAAUUUAGCUCUCGGAAUGGGAAUGGGUCCCAAUAUGAAUGUGAUGCAGCCUCAGGUCCAUCCCCAAUUAAUGCCUCCCAACAACAGUGAAACUCAAAACACUGGUUAGUCUAAGUAAAAAGGAAAGCCUGUAUCUGUAUAUUUAUUACUGUUUGACUUUUUCUUAGAUUAUACUUUUUAUGGUUCGAUUGUGGAAACACCAUGCAACUUCUACAUUUCCCUCAUCCCAAUCAAUAAAUUAUCCACCUAAACUGUA